GAUUUUGCACAGUUGGCAAGUCAAAAACUGGAUCCUUCAUUGGGCGUAAGGAAGGACGAUUCCUUUUCUGAAACAGCAUUAAAAGACAUACAUCAGGAGCUGAUUAACUCCCAUUAUCAUACGCACAAAGAGUUGAAACAUAAGGAAGAGUUUAAGUGCCCAUUAACCCAAAAAGGUAGCAGCUUAUGUAGCGAGGAAGGAGAUGUGAAUAACUUCCAUGUAUCUACUUGUCAUAUCAUCAGGACAAUUUUAAAUGAUCCCUCUACAGCCCCGAGUUCUGAUGGACUGCCUGGCAGAGAAGUGUGCAACUCCUUUGGCUGUGGAUCUUUACUGAUUACAGUUACGCAAGACUGCAGGGUCAUCGAGUCUCUCGAUGGAAGGGACUACCCAACAUUGAAUGUAGUUCACACACCGACAGUGUCUGAUGAACACGGUUGCAAAAAGCAGAAGGUUUUUGAGACUGAUGAAUUCAUCCAUUAUUUACUAAACUACUAUCAGACACCACGCUAUGCACGUGUUUGCUUAGAGCCAAAAACCACUGCAAACAAGUGCUGGUGGAAGAGAGUGGUGUCUGAUGAUGAUAGUGAUUUUGACAUCAGCUUGAGUAACAAACAUGGUCAGCACUUCAGAGAAGUGAGUCCUGUACAAAACCUCAACAAGAGAAAUUGUAGUAGUGAUGAUAAUUAUAGACUGGUGAUCACUGUUGGGGAACUUGAGUCAACAGACACAGUGUUAGAAAACAAGACCUAUGGGGGUAGGUUUGCAAAAAAGUUGCAAGUGCAGAGGAAUGACUCACUCACUGUUGAUAACUUACCACAUGCUGGACUGAAUCAUUCUUUGGAUUGCACUGCUGUUACUCGUGAUAAGGAGUUCAAACAAGAAGAUGAUAGCGAUGAAGCUACCGUACCAUACAAGACAUGUAGAUCUGCUUGCAGAUUAAAGGAUUUGUUGGAAGAGAUCAGUGAUUCCGAGUACUUUAGAGAGGCAUGUAGCAGCUCAGUGAAGAGAACAGAAAGAAGGUGUGAAGAAAUUUACAGCAACUGUAAUAAAGGGUGCUUGCCUGCAAGAGCUGGCGAAAGAAAAUUACUGGUUUACCUUAAAAAUGUAACUCUGGAAGGUCAAGAGAAGGAAAGCAGUAAAUGUAGCUUCUGCUCUAAUUCUGUCCAUGCGGGCUUGGCAAGGCAGUGUGAACAUAAGCUUAAAAAGUCGUGCAAGAGGUCUAGUAGUAAAUUAAGACAUGAAGGACAUAAAAGUGAGGGACAAUCCAGGGAAGAGGAGAGAAAUGCUCGCACAAUGAAGAAAAAGCGAAAAAAGCUUUCUUCUAAUCUUUUCUCUGAUGAAUGUGGCUUUUCAGAGACGGACAGUUGCAUGCAGCUGGAAUCACUCAGAAAGAUACAAAGAAAAUGUAAGAAAAUGUUCCACAACAAAGUGAAAUUCAAGACACUUCACACCGCCAUAGCAGCACCAGAUGUUACUCCUCAUGAUGGCUCGCCACUUCAGGAGACCCUCCAGAGGACAGGAGAUGAGAGGAAAUUAAUGUUGAGAAGAGAGAUGGAUGCAGAUGUCAGAGGAUGCCCUCUAUUUCCUCUUGAGAUGAUUCAGACAAACCCCUGCUCAGAUACUUUCUGUGGAGCAGAGCCCAGAAGAGGAUGCUGAACAGCUACUAUAUAAUAGCUCUUCUAUAGAAGUGGGAGAAGAAAGCCCUUUGACCAUUAAAAGGUGUAUGAA